GCUCAAUUGUGAUAGAAAGAAGGGAGUAGGUAGGUACCUACAAUAAUUGCUCAUUUUCUCUUUUAAAAUACGUCAAUUAAUUGAGGUGGUGAAUUAUAAUGUGCAUUUAGAAAUCGAACUCGUAACCAUGGCAGCAUCCAACGACGAUGAGAUAUUAGAAGGGUUUUUGUGUCCAAUAUGUAAAGCGGAUUUGAAAUCCGCCUCGCAGCUCACAAGCCACUUUGAGAGCCUCCACUCCGAAGAGCAGGAUGUUUUGAGGUCUCUGAAGGAUAUAUUUGGAAAGGCGAAGAAGAUUAUACUCAAUAGUGAUGAUACAGACUUGAAAGAGACCUUUGAUAGGGCACUAAAGUUGAAUUACCAGGAGCAACAAUAUUAUUACCAAGAAGAGCAAGUGAUAGGUGUUAUUCGUAGUUCCACAGAUUAUUUUAAGGCUGUGAGAUCUGCUAGGCUGGAGAGAUACGCGACAGAGACUAAUAAGCUGCUAAUAAGGUUAGAUAAGUUAGUGUGCAAUAUGCCUUUGGAUCCCAACCAAAGAAAACAGCAUGAACAAGAUAUUGUGCCCUGGCUAGACGGGACUUCAGUGAAACUGUGUCCAAGUUGCGCUAAAGCCUUCAAUUUGACUAGGAGGAAACACCACUGCAGGCUAUGUGGCUCAAUACUAUGUCAUGACUGCUCAGUGUUCCUUGACUUAAAAGUAGCUAGAUCAAUUGUAGAUCCAUCAGUACAACAAAACACCUCAGAACCUGACCAUGAUUCUCACAAUGAGAGGAAUCAGCUGCGACUAUGCGAGCACUGCUAUAACCUGGUUGAGCUGAGGAAGCAGGUUCAGGACAGCCGCAAUGCUAAGACCGUGUUGAUGACUGCCUACGAGCAGAUGCAGAGUCUCAUGGAGCAGGCACGGCCAGCUGUUGCUAUGUAUGAAAAGAUGUGUCAGAGCCUAUUCGAUGGCGAGACGACGUACAACCUCGGCGAUGUGAACGCGAUGCGAGGGAAAGUGGGCAAGCUGGCUGAGGGUAUAGACUUGCUGAGCAAACAGAUCGCCAACUUUCCAGCCGAGCCCGGCACGCGUCAAGCCAAACUGCAGAAAUCCAUCAGGUUAGCUGCGGAGAACUAUAUAAAGGACGACCUAAUAGCGCUACCAAAGUUACCAACUGAGGCUCAAAUCGAAGAAGUGAGAAGACAGAGAUACGAGCGAGCGGAGAGGCAGAUAGAGUUAGAGCGGCGCAGAAUGGAGAUGGAGAAGGAGAAGACGGAGUCGGACCGCGCCGGGCCGAGUCGGGCCGACGCGGGCCGGUGCGAGGAGGAUGACAAUCCUUUAAUAGAACAGAUGAAUAUUAUUCGCGGGUAUAUUAAGGAGGCUAGGAAAGAACUUAAAUUUGAAGAGGUGGCAAUACUGGAGGCUAACCUGAAGGAACUCAAGAAAGAAUACCAAUUACAAAAACUCUCGCAACAGUUCUAGUCAUUUUGUUUUGGAGAUAUCUACCUUGCUAAUUCCACUGUUAUUGUACAUAAUUUAUUAUAUUAUACAGCUUUUAUAUGUUUAUCUUUAGUUACUUUAAGCACAGUACCUCUUGUUUUUUUACCUAAUUCUAGGUAUAAGCAAUAAAUACUUUUAAAUAUUUAAA